AUGUCCCCGUCAGUCCUCCUGUGGGUGCGGCUGCGUCAGUGUGUCUUUGCCGCCCUCAUCACUUUGUGUUUGCUGGGACUCUUCAUCGUGCGCUGCAGGCCUGACAUCACCAUCCCCCCUUUCGACAUCCAGAUGUUCUCCCAAACGGAGGGAGCCAAGCGCUUGUGUCCGACAGACCUGAACGCACAAAAAACAAAUCAGGCUGCAGACGACACCAUCGUCUUGAUCUGGAUGUGGCCGUUUGGCGUCAAGUUUGACCUCAGCUGCAGGGCGCUGGGUAUCACGGGGUGUCGCCUCACAGAUGACAAGGCUCUUUACAAGAGGGCCCACGGUGUGCUCUUCCAUCACCGGGACAUCGAUGAGGAUCUGGGCAACAUGCCGAUGGAGCCACGGCCUCGGUUUCAGAAGUGGGUUUGGUCCAACUCGGAAUCGCCUGCGAACACAGUCCCGAUACCCGAGCUCAACAACAUGUUCAACUUGACGUCCAACUAUCGCCGGGAUUCCGAUAUCCCGGUGCCUUACGGGUCCUUGGUUCCGGUGACGGACGGGGAUCCGAGUUUCAAGCUGCCGGCCAAGGACAAGCUGGUCUGCUGGGUCGUGAGCAACUGGAAUCCAAAGUUCAAGAGAGUCCAGGUCUACACUGAGCUGAGCAACCACAUCGACAUAGACAUCUACGGGAAGGCCUUCGACAGACCUGUAGAUAACCAAGACCUUCCAAAACUAAUUUCCAGCUGCAAGUUCUACUUAUCCUUUGAAAACUCGAUCCACGAGGACUACAUCACGGAGAAGCUGUACAAUCCCCUGAAGGUGGGGACCGUGCCGGUCGUCCUGGGCCCCUCGAGACAAAACUACGAGGAUUACAUCCCAGGAGAUUCCUUCAUCCACCUGGACGACUUUGCCGGUGCGAAGCAGCUGGCGGAGAGGCUGCGGUACCUCGACCAGAACCCUACCGAGUACAUGAGGUACUUUGACUGGAGGGGAAAAUUCACAGCAAAAACUGUGUGGCUGGGUUUGUACAGCGCCUGCAGAACCUGCCAUUACUUACAAAUACACAGAGGCUACCAAGCUUUUCAUAAUCUCAACAAAUGGUACUGGGGGGACAAAGGAGACGGAGGUUUAAAUGGCACAUUAGGGCCACGGUAG